UCGAUCAAUAACUUCUUCGGAUUCAGAGGAUGAACAUUUUAGUGAAACUGUUGAUAAGGAAAUGAGUCCGUCAGUAUCGAAAAUAAAACCUAAUUCAAAACGUAACGCAACAAGUGGGAAAAAAAAAUCCAGAAACAAAAAGCCAACGAAGAUUCGCAAAUCAAACCGUGAAAAUGUUGCUGAACUUUUACAAACCGAAGAAAUUGAUGUAGACAUUAAGAAUUCUUUGACUUUUAGACAAGGAGAUGGUGUGGUUACAAUAAAAUGUCCUGUUGAUGACAAGCCGAGCCAUCUAUAUGUAAUCUCACGUUAUAAAAUGUCUAACAUAGAAAAUGUGUUGGUGAAGGAUAGAUGGAAAUUCAGCGAAGCUAUCAUUAGAUUACAUACAAAUGACAACCAUCCGCUUAAUACCAGUCUUAAUCAAGUGAUAAUAGUGAUAAUUUCAAUGUUUUCAGGUUAGGUUAGGUUGUU